AUGCCAAAUUACUUUGUAAAACAUUACUGUCCUUUGUUUCUCUUUCCUUCUCCAACUAGAGAUGGAAAAGUAAGAACAAGACAGACGGAACUUGAACAUUCAAGCUUUAUCAUCACAAAUAAUUUAUAUAUUCGUAGUAAUCUCAUUAAUGAAAUAAUGAUACUUGGAAUCACCAAACCUCUUAACCGUUCUUUUUAUCUCUCUUUACUUGUUAUAAACACUUCCCAUAAAGAUUUUCUGCAACCAAGAAACAAAAAAGUUGUGUCAUUUGUAGGAGGUACAAAGAAGUCGACGGAGAAACCAGUGACCGGCGGCAACCUCCCACUUUUUGACAGUUCGAAACAAAUGGAACUCCAAAAACUCCCCAAAACAGCUAAACCCAAAGUCUCUCCCACACUAGCUGAGCUCCUAAUGAUUGUAGACGACGCCCCAAAUGAUGCCUCUGGUAACAAUACCCUGGUUGGUCAUCGAGCACUUGAGCUUGGUUAUGCUUGUAGCUCACUCCCAUCAUCGUAUCCAUUUGUUCUUUCUUUUAACAACUUAACUUACAGUGUCAAAGUUCGGAAAAAGUUGGCAUUGCCGUUUUGUGGGAAGGGCAAUGAGCUUGAUUCUCAUGGGAUUAACACCAAGGUAUUGUUGAAUGAUAUUUCGGGUGAAGCAAGAGAAGGUGAAAUCAUGGCGGUUCUUGGUGCAAGUGGGUCAGGUAAAUCCACUUUGAUUGAUGCACUUGCGAACCGCAUUGCAAAAGAGAGCCUAAAGGGUUCUUUAACUUUGAAUGGUGAGGUUUUGGAGUCGAGACUUUUGAGGGUGAUUUCUGCUUAUGUCAUGCAAGAUGAUCUUCUGUUUCCAAUGCUUACUGUCGAAGAGACACUCAUGUUCUCGGCUGAGUUCAGGCUUCCUCGCUCGCUUUCUAAGAAGAAGAAGAAGGCUAAAGUUCAAGUUCUGAUCGAUCAACUAGGCCUGAGAAGUGCAGCAAAGACUGUGAUUGGAGAUGAAGGACAUAGAGGUGUCUCUGGAGGUGAACGUAGGCGAGUUUCAAUCGGAAUUGACAUAAUUCAUGAUCCAAUUGUCCUGUUUCUUGAUGAACCAACUUCCGGGUUGGACUCAACAAGCGCAUUCAUGGUUGUCAAGGUCUUGCAGCGAAUUGCGCAGAGUGGAAGCAUUGUGAUCCUUUCCAUUCACCAGCCAAGUUACAGAAUUAUGAGCUUACUUGACCGUUUGAUUUUCCUUUCACGUGGACAUACUGUGUAUAGUGGCUCUCCAGCGAGCCUGCCCCUUUUCUUCGCUGAAUUUGGGCAUCCGAUUCCGGAGAAAGAGAACAGGACUGAAUUCGCUCUUGAUUUGAUUCGUGAGCUCGAAGAAACUCCUGGUGGGACAAAAAGCUUAGUUGAAUUCAACAAGUCAUGGCAGGCUAGAAAGAAUCCGAGAAAUGGCUUCUCCAGCAAACCAAACCUUUCACUUAAAGAUGCAAUUAGUGCCAGCAUUUCUCGAGGAAAGCUAGUCUCGGGUGCAACAAAUGAUUCCAAUUUAACAUCUUCAGUGCCAACUUUUGCCAAUCCAUUUUGGAUUGAAAUAAUAGUUAUUGCCAAAAGAUCGGUUACAAACUCAAGAAGAAUGCCUGAAUUAUUUGGAAUUCGCUUAGGUGCAGUUCUUGUCACAGGGAUCAUCUUAGCUACCAUAUUUUGGCAGCUAGACAAUUCACCUAAAGGUAUCCAAGAACGUUCAGGCUUCUUUGCUAUUGCCAUGUCCGCCACCUUCUACACUUGUGCUGAAGCAAUCCCUGUCUUCCUUCAAGAAAGAUACAUCUUCAUGAGGGAAACAGCAUAUAAUGCUUAUCGCCGGUCAUCAUAUGUAUUGGCUCACUCUCUAAUUUCCAUUCCUUCUGUGGUCAUCCUAUCUAUCUCCUUCGCUGCAAUAACCUUUUGGGCAGUAGGCCUUGCUGGGGGCCUUUCCGGGUUCUUUUUCUUCUUCUUAACAAUCUUUGCCUCCUUUUGGGCUGGAAGCUCUUUUGUAACAUUCCUUUCAGGCAUCGUCUCUCAUGUUAUGUUAGGUUUCACUGUCGUUGUUGCCAGCUUGGCCUAUUUCCUGCUAUUCAGCGGAUUCUUCAUUUCUAGAGAUAGGAUACCCUUAUAUUGGAUAUGGUUUCAUUACAUCUCUCUGGUGAAAUAUCCUUAUGAAGCUGUUCUGCAGAACGAAUUCAAUGAUCCAACAAAAUGCUUCGUUAGAGGUGUACAAAUGUUCGACAACACACCUCUCGGGGCGGUGCCAAUGUCACUGAAGUUGAAGCUAUUGCAAAGUAUGAGCAGUGUCUUGGGCGUGAACAUCACAAGCUCAAGUUGUGUGAUAACCGGUAGGGAUAUUCUGGUGCAGCAGGGUAUAACUGAUAUAAGCAAAUGGAACUGCUUAUGGAUCAUUAUUGCCUGGGGAUUUUUCUUUAGAAUUCUAUUUUACUUUACAUUGUUGUUGGGGAGCAAGAACAAGAGAAGGUAAAUAAAAUGGUAAUGGGAUUUCAAUUUCUUGUUAAACAGUUAAAUUCUUGCCCUGGUCUUGCCAGUACUGCCUUCGAAGAAAAGUCUUGCCGUCACACCAAAGCCUACGCAAGCAAGUGGAUAC